UUCUUCUGUAGCAUUAUGUCUAAAGUGUCUCAGCUAACGAGCUAUCUCAACAGCGGUCAACCACAGAAUGCGUUAUCUACGGCGUUAAGCGAUCCUCCCUACGAUGCCUCCCCUGAUGAAAAGAAAUCGGAUAUAGAUGCAGUAAUCAACGUAUUGGUUGCCAUCAAGGAAAAACAAAUUCAGGAAUCCAUCGAUAAGCUCUCUACGGAUGAGAUGGAUAUCUUAACUAAAUACAUAUUCAAAGGCCUUGAGUCUGGCAAUAAUUCUGGUGUUUUGUUUAAAUGGUUUGCUGCACUUCAAGAGAAAGCUGGUUUGGGAUCUAUAGUUCGCUACAUGACCGACUCCAACAGGCUCUGAAUUUCUAGCCACACAUACAUUCUCAACAGAUCAACUUGAUUCUUGUAGUGAACCCUGUUGGACAAGCAGAUUCAGGAAUAGCUUAAUUGUUUAAAGUUACCUUUAGAGAGUGACAGGCACAUUUUUGAUCAAAACCUCAGAAAAUCUAAACUAGCAUAUUUCGCAGGGAAA